AUGUUUCGUCGUGUGAUUGGCCCUGAGGCGUCACGAGCGCUAGCAAAGACCACCAGUUCUGUUCGUCGCUACACCAACUAUGAUCACAUGAAGUACCCUAUGGACGUCCAGGCGGUGGCGUGUGUGUUUGGAUAUAUUCUGGUGAUGUGGUUUGUCUUUGCCCGCAUUGGCAGUCUCUACACGAACUUCUCUUCAUACAAGACGGACUAUCUGCGUGUGUGGCGCCGUAAACUCGGCACCGGCUACCAGUGGGCGGAUGCCUGGGGACCACAGAUGGAGACACUCUACCGCAAUGUGCCGGACAGAGUGGAAUAA